AUGUCAUUAACUUAUGAAAGCCUACCAUUGAUCAUCCCAGUAGGCAGUGUGCACUACGAUGAUGAUUACACUGCUAUAAAAGGAAAACAUGAAGAGAAACCACCAAGAGUUAUAUCAUUCAUAUCAUUCUUGGCGAUUAUGUACUUUUGUGUAUCUGGUGGACCUUAUGGUAUUGAGGGCGCAGUGGCCGCUGGCCCUCCUGUAUAUGUUUUGUUGACAUUCUUGGUGUUGCCAUUCUUUUGGGCCUAUCCACUGGGUAUGAUCACCGCUGAGCUGGCCAAUCUGACGAUGGAGGAUGGCGGCGCAUCAAUGUGGGCCGAACGUGCAUUCAACCCUUACAUCAGCAUGUUUGUUGGAUUCGUUGGAUGGACUUCAACCAUCGUCGACCUCAGCCUCUACCCCCUACUCUUUGUCCAAUACCUCUCCAAUUGCUUCGAGGGCACGCCCUACGCUGGCAACCCCUGGGCCGGCAACCUCGACAACUGUCUGCAUUGCAGAUGGAUCUUUGCCGUGGUUGUCAUCCUCGCGGUGAUGGCCAUCAACAUUUGGGGCGCCGAAGAGGUCGGCGUCGUCAGCAACAUACUCGCCGUCAUACUCUUGCUGCCCUUUAUCAUCUUGGUGUGCAUGGGCAUUGGCCACGUCGAGUGGAAGACAGUCAUGGAUGGCGAGGGUGGACUAAAGAGCUUCAAAUCCUUGGACAUUGGCCUACUAAUCACAACAAUGAUGUGGUCGUUCUCAGGCUACGACGCAUCUGGACAACUGGCUGGCGAAGUCAAGAACCCAUCGCGCAACUACCCACUUGGUAUCAUCUGUGUUUUACUCAUCUCGAUAGUCAGCUACGUACUACCAUUGGUCGUGGGCAUGUCCUACAACCAGAACUGGAGUCAAUGGGUCGCCGGCGAGUUCUCUGAUGUGGCACUACUCGUUGGUGGACACUGGCUAAACGUAUUCCUUAGUGUUGGUGGCAUGGCCUCUAGCAUUGGACUGCUCAACGCCAACCUCUGUACAUGCUCUCGAAACAUCUUCAGUCUUUCCCAACGUGGGCACCUUCCCUCCUUCUUCUCCAAGAUCGCACCCAAGCGCGGAACACCCUGGGUAGCAAUUGUUCUAAACUCUACUGUAGUUGGACUGUUAACUAUACUUCCAUUCAACUCGAUAUUGUCACUGGACAUGUCAUUAUACUCAAUCGUUGUACUGUUUGAGUGUGCAAGUUAUGUCAAGUUGUUCAUUUGGAAGCCCGAGCUUCCAAGACCUUACAAAGCUGUGACAACAAAGUUUGGCCUGUUCCUACUGACUGGAUUCCCAGUGACGAUGGCAUUGCUGCUGUUGGUCACACAGCCAUGGGACUCACAAUGGAAGACGAUGGUAGUGGUCGGAGUGUACGCUGCAAUAUCAGUGGCCCGUUAUAUAAUUGUUAGAGUUAGAGCAUCUAAACAUCAUAGAGAUCAUCUGUACAUGCCAUCAGACGACGACGAUGACAACAAUGAUCACCACCACCACCAUGCUCACCAUCACCAUCAACAUCAUGGCAACAUGUAUCCACCACUUACCAACUAUGAGCAUAUACCAACAUCAACAACUGUCAGUGUAGACUACGAUAAUGAUCAUGCGUCUCAAACACCUGGCAACAACAACAACAUCACAUAUUUAAUCAACUGA